CUCAUUUAUUCUGUUCGUCAACUAUUCAGUAAAGAUAAUGUCUGGAAGAGGCAAAGGCGGAAAAGGACUCGGUAAAGGGGGCGCAAAGCGUCAUCGCAAAGUUCUGCGCGAUAACAUCCAGGGAAUCACAAAACCGGCCAUACGACGUCUCGCUCGUCGUGGUGGCGUCAAGCGUAUUUCCGGUUUGAUCUACGAGGAAACUCGCGGUGUGUUGAAAGUGUUUUUGGAGAAUGUAAUUCGUGAUGCCGUCACCUACACUGAACAUGCCAAGAGAAAAACCGUCACCGCCAUGGACGUCGUCUAUGCAUUGAAACGACAGGGACGCACUCUGUAUGGUUUCGGUGGUUAAACGACAUCAGUUGGACAUAACAAAAACGGUUCUUUUAAGAGCCACCCACGUUCUCAAUCAAAGAGCUUAUGUUUAUAUCGUAGUUUUAGUUGUCUAAUGCUAGUCACAAAUAAGUGCUUGUGUUUUAUUACGACACUAUUUACAUGUUCGCUAUCCGUGUGAUGUUUUCUACUAUCUUAUAUUAUGUAUUGUUCUCCAUUUAUACCAUGGUUUUAUUUUGGUAUGUAAAAGUGCAUAUCUCAAACAAUUUAACAGUUCAAAUGUUUUCUAGAAAUUGUUUUCUAGUAGUGCGCUUGGUAAUAAAUGUUACAUUUGU